AUGGCUUUCCGCGUGAAAGACGUAUAUGUGGGUAGUUCCGUGUUGCUCACCGGAGCCACUGGAUUCUUGGGCAAGGUCAUCGUCGAGAAGCUGUUAUGGACUAUCGAUGAGAUUGACAACAUCUAUUUGAUGAUUCGAACGCGGAAGGGGAAGAAUGCGAAUGAAAGGUUGGCAGGACUACUUCAUGUGAGUUUGUUUGAUUUUUCGAAAGACCCACUCUUCAAUAGAAUCCGUCAAGAAAAGCCACACGCAUUUGACAAGCUCAUUGCAGUUGGAGGAGAUAUGAUGGUAGAGAACUUAGGAAUGGAUCCAGAGGAUUUGAAACAAAUAUCUGAGAAUGUCAAUGUGGUUAUUCACUCAGCGGCUACUGUCAAAUUCGACGAGCACCUCCGCGCGGCUGUCACCAUGAAUGUCAUCGGAACCAAACGUAUUAUCGAUCUCUGCCACCAAAUCAAAGAUCUCAAGGUAUUGGUACAUGUGUCAACUGCUUAUGCAAACUGCGAUCGCGUCGAGACAGUUGAAAAAUUUAUAUUGGAGAGAAACAAUCAAGAUUUUCAGAUCUAUAAAUCUCCAAUGGCUCCACAAAAAUUGGUGGACGCGUUGACUUGGAUGGAUGAUGAGACUCUGACUAAGAUAACUCCAAAAAUCCUCGGCCUCCGUCCCAACACCUACACCCUCACAAAGGCUCUCGCAGAGUCUACGAUUGAAUCUGAAGCCAAGGAUAUUCCAGUGAUCAUUAUCCGCCCCUCAAUUGUCGGAGCAAUGUGGCAAGGACCACUUCCAGGGUGGACUGAUAAUAUUAAUGGACCAACUGGGAUUUUCACCGCUGUCGGAAGAGGAGUCUUGACUAAUAUGUGUGGAAGCAACGAAUCGAAAGCAGAUAUCAUUCCUGUGGAUUGUGUAGCUAACAUUAUUAUUGCUGCUGCGUCACAUAGAGUUUCUAUUAACCCAACUGAGAUUCCCGUCAUUCACUGCUCUUCGGGAGAACUGAACCCACUUCAGUGGGGUCAUAUUGUCAUAUUCUUAGAUCAAUUUUACAAAAAGUACCCGAUGGAGCAGUGCUUUGGAGUUCCAUCAACAUACUUCCAUAAAUCACGGACCCUCUUCCUGAUAAAUUACUAUUUAAAGCACCAUAUUCCCGCAGCAAUUUCAGACAUUUCCGCUCGAUUUGUCGGAAAACGAAAAACCAAUGUUAAGCUGUAUGGAAAAGUGUGGAAGAUGAUCGAAACCUUGCACUUUUUCACCACUCGCGGAUGGAGCUUCAAUGCAAAUGGUAUGCCGGAACUUUAUGACAGAAUGACACCCGAGGAUCAGAAGGAAUACAAUUUCGAUGUUCGUCAAGUGAAUUGGGACUCGUAUUUGUUUGAUUAUGUGAUGGGAAUUAAGAAGUUCUUGUUGAAGGAGAAUUUAGAGAAUCUUGACAGAUCUAGAGCACAUCUUUGCAGACUACGGCUGAAACGCCAAGCAAUCGCUGCUCUCGUCUACGCAGGAUUCAUUAGCACUUUCGGAAGAAAAUGGAAGAAAACCACCCAGUAUCUCACAUGGAUCGGAGCAAUGUUGGCAACAUACACAUACACCGAAGUCAGUUUCAGAAGGCGUAUCCCACUGAAAUCGCUGAAAGACUACACACAAACUGCCGACUAUUCCCGAUAUCUUCAAAGAAAUUGA